UAAGAAUAAUGUUUUAGUAUUCCUUUUUAAAAUUAUUAUUACUAUUAUUGAUUGAUAAAUAAUGAAUCCAUUACCUGAUCCUCUUACAAUUGCUAGUGGGCCUAUUUCAGCUUACAUGAGUGGACAUGAUAAGGUUAAUUUGGCUUAUGCAAAAUAUUUUGGGAAAAAAACAGAUGCUGUCAGUGCCACAUUCAAAAGCCUUAAUUCAAAGGGAUUUCUUAUCGUAUACAAGACGAUGGAUGGUUCAGAACACGAAGUUUUUAUUGAAUAUAUUCGACCUGUUACAAAACGUGAAGAUGUACGUCCUGUAUUAGAAGACAUGGCAGAGGAAGCUGAAGCAGCACUUGGCAUGCCUAGUUCUCGGAAUGGUCCUCCUCCAUUGAAGGCGCUCAUGAAAGCAGCGGAAAUUGAAGAAGCACAAAAGACCGAAAUCGAAAAGUUACAUCAACAAGACGAUGAAGAUGCAAAGAUGUCUGCUAGAAUUGCAUCACAAGCUGUGGGUAACAUCUUUGAAGAAGUCAAAGAAAAUACAUUAGACGUAUUUUAUCCUGCAGAUCGUUUUUGGCAAGCCGCCAUUACAAUGGGUUUGGGUACAAAUGCACUUUUAGGAUAUGCUUCAGACGAUUUUUUACGUCGUUUAUUAUUACCUUCUUCUGUAGUCAUCUUUCGUAAUUACCUUACAAUGGAGUUGAUUCGUAAGAUAUUUGUGACAGCUAUUGCAGUACAUAUUGUAGAAGGUCUAGUUGCGUUAGGUAUCUGUUUAAAACGUAGAUGGUAUAGCCCUAUGAAUACGUUUAAAUGGACUCUAAGUACAGUUUUAUAUGGAUAUGCAUCCAUGACAAAGCUUUUAGGUCAUUGUGAAAAAAGUAAAGAAAAAAAAAAAGAUGAUUUAAAAUAAAGACUUGUAGAAAUUAUAUGUGUAAAUCAAACGUUUAUCAUCAUUCAUUUAUACAUGUCAUCAUAAUGUUGUUUAAUACUAUACACCUCCAUCUAAGGUCUGUUGUUGUGCACAUGCUCAUUAUUAUAACAAUAUGCUGGUGAGAGUUUAUAGAAAGGAGAUAUAUACAAGUAGAAUAAAUUGUUCUCUUAUGAUAGCAUGAAAAUAUAUACUAACUAGUAGUUUCAAGCAAACUACUACUUCUUUUUUAUAUGAAUUCAAUCUCAGCAUUCUGUAGCACGUUAUUGUUGCUGUAUUGAGUG